AAGCUAUCUCCCUCUGCAAAAACCUCUCUGUGUAUCUUUUAUUGCUCUUCCUUUUUCCAUUUUCGUCACUUCAAUAUCAAAUGCCAUGAAUAUUCACUGCACCUCCUCAAUGGAGCCUUUCACAGACAUGGCUUCUCACAACAUUUGUUACUGUGACCCCCUUAAUCACAAGGGUCAUCAUCAUAUGGCUUUUCCACUAAUGUCCAAUUGUACCUGUAGCUUGGAGAGUAACCAAAACAAUGACGUUAAUGAUAAAUGUAAUGCUGAUCAGAGGUCAGUAAUAGGUGGCCAGGAAUUAAUAAAGCAUCGUCCGUCGUCAAAGGUUUGUGCUAGAGGCCAUUGGAAACCUGCAGAGGACACUAAACUCAAGGAGCUUGUUGCACUUUAUGGGCCUCAAAACUGGAACCUUAUAGCUGAAAAGUUGAAAGGAAGAUCAGGUAAAAGUUGCAGACUGAGAUGGUUCAACCAGCUAGACCCAAGAAUCAAUCGGAGUGCUUUCAGCGAAGAGGAAGAAGCAAGGCUUAUGACAGCUCAUAGAAUUUAUGGAAACAAAUGGGCCUUAAUUGCUAGACUUUUCCCUGGGAGGACAGAUAAUGCAGUUAAAAAUCACUGGCAUGUUUUAAUGGCUAGAAAAUACAGAGAGCAAUCCGUCGCUUACAGAAGUAGAAAACAGACUGAAGCUGCUACAAGAGGGGUGGAAGAUGGCAGUGCUUCUCUGAGCAGAGAUACAGACAUGAAUGUAGUUGAAGCCAAAUCUCCCAAUCUUUGCAAUGCCAGAAUGAUCAAACCAUCUCAUCACUUCCGACUUGCUGGUUCUAAAGGUUUUUGUGACGUGACUUCCACUGAAGAAGCAGCCACAAGUGGUAAAGUCUUGUUUGUUAGAAGCAGCAAUUUGCUCUCUCUUCCCCAUGGAUCUUGUGCAGAACAGACACCUUUCGAUUUGUUUUCUGGUCACAAGAGUUAUGAUAUUGGGAGUCAGAAUGGAACCACAUUCACAGUUUCCCACAACAUGCUACAAUCAAGCAACCAUCACUUUUCUGCAGGCUUCUCAGACUCCAUGGCAUCACCAACAUCUCAAGUCUCAGCUAGUGAACCAUCUUCAUCAUCAUCGCUAUCAUCCGCAGAGAACAAUGCAACCAGACAUUCUGAGACCACCAUAUCACCACCAUUUAUAGAUUUUCUUGGAGUAGGGCCUCUUGAAGAAUUUGAAGUGAACACUGAGAGGUCUAGAGAGUCGUAGUACUCGUUCUGUUACUUGUGUCUGAAUCAGCCCUUUUCAUCAUGAUCGUAAUCUUGUGCUGUUGCACAAACAUCCAUAAAAGAACUCAUUUCCAAAUGUCGAAUCGAUGAAGUAGCACUAAUUAAUUUCUGUCUUCAUAGCUCUCUCUCUAUAUAUUUGUGGUCGAACUCUGGAUUUUUAUAAUCUCGUAAUUUGGAAAUUGAUGUAAUACUAUUGAGAUAAAGGUUAUUUGCUGUAAUACUAUUAUUUUAUAUGAAUGUAAUGAUAGAUAAGGUUUUAUUAGGA